AUGAGAGACAUGAUUUCUUCUUAUAAAUUAGCCAGCAGAAAAUGUCAACUACGACACCAGGCGAGUAUAAAUAACGAGCAGUUAGUCUGUGAAAUUGUCACCGCAGCAAGCGGAGCAUUCUGCAUAUUAAUAUUUUCUAUCAUAGAUGUCGCUUGCAGAAGAAAGGCGGUAACGAAAUCGGACGAGGAAUCCUUAAGUUGUGGUAAGAUACUGUUAAUCAUAAUUAAUACGCCGAUGGUCACGGAUGGAGUCCGGUAUGCAUGCAACCACAAAAACGGGACUCUAUUAACGGCGCAAUUUUUGCUCAUUAGAGACAUUUGA